CAUUAUUUGGCAAAAGGCGUCCCCCCAUCGAUGGUCCUAGCUUUAGUACAGGUUCACUCAUUCCAACGAUUGGAAGAAGAAAGAAAAAACACGUGCGUGCGAUUUCGCUUCAUUUUUUUCGCGGAGAGGAAAAAUCGUUUAAAAUCUGCACUGUUGCUGGAAAAUUGUGACGAUAACCGGUUUGUUAAUUAAUUAAUGAUAAUUGCGCUUGUCCAAUGUGCGUGGGACUCUGGUGGAAAUUUGAUAUAUGAAUGCUCCGGAAGUGGCCCCCAGCAUCAGCAGCAGUGCGCACAACAGAAAAGAAGAAAAUAAAAUAUUGAAUUUGAAUCAACGCAGUGCUGAAAGUGAAAAAAAAGUGCAACUAAUUACACCAAACAGGAGCAGAAGGACAAACGGACCGCCCACGCUUUGAUCAUUACGGUGGAAAUUGAGCAGUGCAUGGUUUUUGUUAUUGCGGAAUUUAUUGUUAAUUGAAUCGGGUUGGGGUGAACUGACAAAAGCACAAACACACACACACCGACGUAUAGGAUCCUCAUCAUUAUGCUGUGGUUUUUCCAUGUGAUGUGGCUGGUGCUAGUCAUAGUGCUGUUCUUUCUCAUUUUGCGCCGUAUAUACUACUUUGGCAUGCAGGGCACUGAGCACGAGUACGAUUCACAACGAACAAGAAACAAUAGCCAGCAGUACUACAUCUUCACGGUUUACGGCUCACAAAACCAGGAACGACAAACGAGUCCCGAUCAACCGCCACGCUACGAACCACCCCAACCGCCGCCCCUGUACGAGGACGUGAUAAAAUCACCGGAACUGUACCAAAAGCCUCCGCCGGCAUAUAAUGUUGUGUGAUUGAGUGAACAUUUUUUAUUUCUGUUAAGAUGAAUUAGGUGAACUAGUAAAACACAAUCGAUUACGUCUUUUUCUAA